GGGAUUUGUGUCUGGCACCAUAGCGGUCACUAUGAUUCAUGACCGUUGUCCUGAUGAUGGUAUUGGUUUUUUCUACUCAUUUUCUGCUUUCGAUUUCUCUACCUAAGCAGUUCAAGUUAUUUACAUCAGAAUUCUGGUGAAAAGAACUGGGGAUCCGGUGGGACUCUGAGCAUAUGUUGCGUGAGGUUGCUUGGAUAACAUGUUUAUGGAUUCCCACUCAGUCAAUGGGACUAUGCAUUUCUGGGCAAGCUACCUCCACGACAUGGUAAUACAGACACCAGGCUAUAAACGGACGUUUUUUCCAUGGCAUCCCGUGGAGGGCUAGGAUUAAACUAAAGAAACCUGAUCCUGUGGAUGAGGAUAGAGAUAUCCCAUUGAAGUUAGCGGAGAAGGGAAGGGAAUUUGACAGAGAGCAGUAACCUUCCUCCGCUAACAUCAACGGAGUAUCUCUGUCCUCACCCAUUGCUUCGGGAUCAGCGCCGUGGCGUAUAAGAUGACUCGCACACGCGAAGUGACCCUCAUCCGCUGUCAUAUGCAAUGCCAUUCUUUUCAAGUGUCCCGCAGUUACAUAUGCUCCGCGACCUAGCGAAUCUGCCUGAACAAUAAGAAUAUCCUGAACCACCUAGCGGAUAGCGAUUAUUUUCUACAUUGCUAGCAAUGUCUUCCCUUUCAAGAGCUUUAGAAGAAGGAAGAGGAAGGUUCUUUAAAGGUCUUGUAAAUAAUGAUAUCAGCCAAUUUCUUUUUAGGAAUUUAGAUAGCAAACCUCCUCGUGGCACCUCCUAAACCUCUGGAAUCCAAAGAAGAGUGCGCUGAAUAUAUUUGGGGAUUUGUCGCUAAAAGUCUUUCGUCUCUUUACCAGCCCGGGAACCCUUUUUGGGAGGAUCCGGUGCGUGAGGGUGCUUUACAGCUAACAGCAGAACCCGACCUGAGGCACGUGUGAUACCCAAGUUUGGGAUGCUAGCCUUAUUUGACUUCCGCGAUACUCUGCAGUGCAAUCGUCGUUGUUCUUCUUUGCGGGCCGGGCAAUUCUAUCCGUUUGGAUUAGGCAAUAACAGUUCAAUGACAACCGGAAACCGCAUCGACGUUGUUGAAGAUACAUUCCAAAACGUUGUUGGUAUAGCCGGCUCUCUUCAACCCGAGGAAAUAUCUCUUCAGUUUCUCAACAGCAGCGGAUGUUUCGAGGGGUUGUCGUCGAAGCCCUCGCUCUUUGGCAUGGCUGUGACAGCGGACUGUCAGGUCGUUGAUUUCCAAGCGUUCCAAGGCUGGAAGCUGGUAGAAUUUCACUCUAUUGUCCGUACUCCGGCGCUUGAAGCAGUAUUUCAAACUCCAUCAUUACGUUUUGGCAUCGCCGUCCCAAAGGUUAAUCGUGGCUCAUUCCAGUCGCCCACGUGA